CUCUAUCAUUACAUGGUACAUAGCAUAUCCAUGCGCCCGGUGCACUCAACCGUACAGUAAUAGCUAGGCUGACCCUGUGGUCAGCCUUCGCAUUACAGCUGACUGCAUGUGUCAAACUAGGAAGUACAGAUGCAUUUUGCCUAGUGCAUAACACCAUGGCAGCAAGUAUAAUUAUGCGCAAGUGCGUGUUGGGUGGUAGUGCCAUGGCAAGCAUACCCUUUCUCAUGACACGAGUACAAGCAGGCACCGAAGGAAAAUACGUAAAGCUAGUCGACCUACCAAUAUAUGGAAAUCCAGCAGACAGCGCUCAGUACGAGUACACAGAAGAAAAGCCCAAUGCUCUUCACGAGAACAUCUCGGCCGCGCGGAAGUGGGUGUGGGAGUGGUGGGACGCCUGCGAGGACACAAUCAACUACGUGCAAGGCAAGUACGACAUCGGAGCCUCGCACACGCGUAGCACGCUCGACUACCUGCAGAACGACCCGAGCGCGGUGCCGCGCGCGUCCGCCAUCUCGCUCGCGGGCCUCGGCGGCUUCCUCGUCGCCACCGUGCGCCGCGGCGGCGUCCCGAAGAAGCUCGCCUACCCGACGCUCGGCGUCGCCGCGAUGGCGUCGCUCUGCUACCCCCGCGAGUGCGUCGACACGUGGCGGCGCGCGUACGACGCCUCCGCCGACCUCGCGUGCGACUCCGCCGAGCAGUACCUCGGCCUCAGGCUGACCCGCAGGCGAGCGCCGCUGGCGAGCUCCUCUGCGAGUUCCCACGGCGACGACGAUACACCGGCUGGUUCCCACGACGACGUCAAGCCGGCGCUGGUGUUAAAAAGUAUGGAGAUCGACCUCGGUCAGUCAAACAAGGAGGACAAAGACCUGUACUCGAAUAAGUCCAGCUAAUGUAAUGAGAUCGAGUUGUGAUGAAGAUAUGUUUAGGCAGUGAGGGAUUAGAGCAGCAUAUGAGUAGAUGCAUCGGUGGUUAUCAGCGAUGGUUCUAAGCACUCAGUUGACAGGCAGAACAGUACAGUCGUCUUAUAGUUUUCCUGAAUGUUUGAAAGCAGGAGUUCUCAUGUCAUCAUAUGUGGCAGUAAGACUAGCUAAGAUACUGAAUGAGUUGCACGUAAUGCUUAUAACUAGAGUUUGCUACAAGACAUCAAGAGUAGUACUGUAUUUAAAAUGCUUUCGAUGUGUAUUUGGACAUAUUUGUACACACUUGCCGAUCCUCAAGUCAUCACGUACAAAAUUGUAUCACAGAUGUUAAGUUUAUCUCAAUAAACUGAUAGCAGUGGUAACAACAGAA